UCGCUUCUUACCAUGUACAAAGUAUCUUCCUUGCCACUGUUAAAUACCUUCAGUAAAGCCGCCGUCAAUGCGCGUCCAGCGCACAUGUUCGUACGCGCUGCUAGCCAAAAGGUCCAAGGCCAAGUUAUCGGUAUUGACUUGGGAACGACAAACAGCUGUGUCUCAGUCAUGGAGGGUAAAACCCCAAGGGUGAUUGAGAACUCCGAAGGUGGAAGGACAACUCCCUCCGUUGUCGCUUUCACCAAAGAUGGUGAACGUCUUGUCGGUCUCCCAGCCAAGCGACAGGUAAGGCGUUAGCUCAGUAAGCCGGCAUAUGUUUGAGAAUUUUGACACCCAUGGAUUAUUACGUCAGGCUGUCGUGAAUCCAGAGAAUACUCUGUUUGCCACCAAGAGAUUGAUUGGACGCAAGUUCACAGACCCAGAGGUUAAGAAAGAUAUCGAAGCUGUUCCGUUCAAGAUUGUACCACAUAGCAAUGGCGACGCUUGGGUAGAGUCUAGAGGACAGAAGUACAGUCCUUCUCAGAUUGGAGCUUUUGUCGUUGGAAAAAUGAAAGAAACCGCCGAAAGCUAUCUUGGAAAGAAUGUCAAGAACGCAGUCGUUACUGUCCCGGCCUAUUUCAAUGACUCUCAGCGUCAGGCAACAAAGGAUGCCGGUACCAUCGCUGGCUUGGAUGUCCUUCGUGUUAUCAACGAACCUACAGCUGCUGCUUUGGCUUAUGGUCUUGACAGCACCAAAGUCGGUGACAAGGCUGUUGCUGUUUACGAUCUCGGCGGUGGAACAUUCGAUAUAUCAGUCUUGGAAAUCCAAUCGGGUGUAUUUGAAGUGAAGAGUACUAAUGGUGAUACCCAUCUUGGAGGAGAAGAUUUCGAUAUCACACUUGUUCGUUGGAUGAUAAAUGAGUUCAAGAAGGAGUCUGGAAUGGACCUCGGAAAGGACCGUAUGGCCGUACAGCGUAUUCGCGAGGCUGCUGAGAAAGCAAAGAUUGAACUUUCUUCUACCGUACAGACUGAAGUCAACUUGCCAUUCAUCACCGCCGAUGCUUCUGGACCAAAACAUAUCAACUACAAGUUGACCCGUUCCCAAUUUGAACAACUUGUCAAGCCACUUGUUGACAAGACAAUCGAACCUUGUAAGAAAGCACUAAAGGAUGCUGGUGUUGAAGCUAGAGAGAUUGGCGAAGUUAUCCUUGUGGGUGGUAUGACUAGAAUGCCCAAAGUCCAAGAAAUUGUGAAAGGAUUAUUUGGUCGUGACCCCACAAAGAGCGUCAACCCUGAUGAAGCUGUCGCCAUGGGUGCUGCUAUCCAAGGUGGUGUGUUAGCCGGAAGCGUCACUGACUUGCUUCUACUUGAUGUCACCCCUCUAUCCCUCGGCAUAGAAACUCUUGGUGGUGUGUUCACUCGCUUGAUCAAUCGCAAUACCACCAUCCCAACCAAGAAAUCACAAAUCUUCUCUACCGCCGCUGAUGGUCAAAACGCUGUGGACAUCAAGGUCUAUCAAGGUGAACGUGAACUUGUCCGUGAUAAUAAACUUCUCGGCAACUUCCAAUUGGUUGGUCUGCCUCCAGCACCAAAGGGUGUUCCACAAAUUGAGGUUGUCUUUGAUAUCGAUGCUGAUGGUAUUGUUAACGUUGGAGCCAAGGACAAGGCCACUGGCCGUGAUCAAUCCAUGACCAUUGCUGCCUCUUCUGGUCUCAGCAAGGACGAAAUUGAGAACAUGGUUCAGCAGGCUGAGCAAAAUGCUGAGGAGGACAAAGCACGACGUGAUACUAUUGAAGCUGCCAACCGAGCUGAUUCCAUCAUACAUGACACCGAAAAGGCUAUUACUGACUUUAAGGACCAACUUGAUUCUGGCGAAGCUGACAAACUCCAACAACAGAUUCAGUCUCUUCGCGAGGUCGUCGCACAAGCUCAAACUGGUGACCGAUCAGUCAAUCCCGCAGAUGUGAAGGCUAAGAGCGAUGAAUUGCAACAAGCCAGCUUGAAGUUGUUUGAAAUGGUUUACAAGAAGCGUGCAAGUGAAGGUGGUGAUGCUCAGAGUGGAGGCUCCAGCACUACUGAGGGCGAGUACAAGGAUGUCGACAACGACCCCAACAAGCAAAAGUAAGAUAUCACUCCCGCUGAUGUCUACGCUUGAGUUUUUUUCCCGGCUUAUGUAGCCAUUUAGGCGUACGACACUUGUAAAGAACUGGCCCAAAAGAAAUAAAUUUUUUUAAACAUGAUCCUUUUAAUAAUAAUGCAUUGA